AUGGUGAUGCAAGCCCAGGCCGUGACAGCCUCUGCCCUGGUGUAUUUCAUCCAGCUUCCUCGGGCAAGAUGUGAGGAGAACUGUGUGAGUCCUGAACAUUGCCUGACCACGGAUUGGGUACAUCUCUGGUAUAUAUGGUUGCUGGUGGUCAUUGGCGGGCUGCUGCUUCUGUGUGGCCUGACUUCUGUGUGCUUCCGCUGCUGUCUGAGUCGCCAGCAAAACGGGGAAGAGGAGGGCCGGCCUCCCUAUGAAGUGACAGUCCUCGCUUUUGAUCAUGACAGCACUCUCCAGAGCACUAUCACUUCCUUGCAGUCGGUAUUUGGCCCUGCAGCUCGAAGAAUCCUGGCUGUGGCUCACUCCCACAGCCCCCUGGGCCAACUGCCUCCCUCUUUGGACACCCUCCCAGGGUAUGAAGAAGCUCUUCACAUGAGUCGCUUCACCGUUGCAAGGUGUUGGCCAAAAACACCUGACCUACCCCCAGUGCCAGAAGAAAAGCAGCUGUCUCCAGUGGACGAGUCUCCUCGAGCAGGACCCUCUUCCAACUGA